CUUUAACUCGAGUUACAAAUCUCUCUCUCUCUCUCCCUCCCAACUAUGGUUCAGUCCAUUUUGUCUCUCUCGCUCUCUCUCUCUCUCUCUCCCUCCCUAUUUCCUUGAUCCAAAGUCAAGUAAUGUGCUCUCCCCUUUAACUGAGAGUGGAAUGGCUUGAGCCUCAUCUGCAUGUGGUUGUUAAGGGCCCAUAUGUGGUCCGAGGGACUUUGUAGUCCCUGUAAUUAUAGGUUGAAAACAAGACGAGUCUCUCUCUCUCUCUCUUCUCUCUCUCUCUCUCUUAAUCUCUCUCCCGGCCUCUACUUUUAAUCUGAGGGGAUUAAUAAAAACCUGGAGGCUUCACCUGCAUCUGAAUCUUCACCAGAACUCCCCCAGCAAUCAUGUACUGUGCGUAUCCAGUUCCUGGGGUAGGCAAUAACCCCUUGAUGUAUUUCUACAAUGGCAAGACUGUCUAUGCCCAGUCGCAGAAUUCUGAUGAGCUCAAGGAAUGUUCGAAUUAUCUGUCCCCCAAGGCUCCCAGCAGUAUGCUUUCCAGCUCGUUCCUCUUGCCAGAAGGUCAUCACACCUCCUCGGAACUGUGGGCACCGCCCGGCGGGAUCAGCCAAGCCAACUAUGGGGGGGCCCCUGGCGGGCCCUCAUCGCACAUGAGUCAGGCAAACAGCUACAGCAACCUCCACGCCCACGAGCGCCUGCCCUACCCUCCGUCAGAGGUCAGCUCUACUCUCCCGCCAGUGGCAAGUUUCCAUCGGAGUGGCAACACAUCAACACCCUUCGUUACCUCCUCGCACACGCCGCCCCUCAACACUUCCGAAAACUUGAUGGGGAACAGAGGUACCACCGCAGGAGGUUCGCAAACAGGAGAUGCUCUGGGCAAGGCUUUGGCUUCGAUUUACUCGCCUGACCACACCAACAACAGCUACACAUCGAAUCCGCCCACGCCCGUGGGAUCCCCACCAUCUCUGACAGGCUCCGCUCAGUGGCCCAGGCCUGGAGGGCAGAACUCUGCUUCUCCCAACUAUGAGAGUACCCUGCACUCACUGCAAAGCCGAAUGGAGGAUCGCCUGGACAGGUUGGACGACGCCAUCCACAUCCUGCGCAAUCACGCGGUGGGGCCCUCGUCCGGUUUGCCCAGCGCGCACGGAGACCUGCACGGCCUGCUCGGACCAUCCUCGCACGGCGGGCUGGUCGCCACCUUGGGGUCAGGCUACACCGUACCCAGCCUGGGGCCGUCUGCUCGGACCGCAUCCAUGGUCGCCACUCAUCGGGACGACACUACCAAUGUCCAUUCCAACCUCUCGGGCUUGCCCAGCGUUGUGUCUGCAGCUCUCGCUGCAGCGGGGCUGAAUCACCAGGCCCAGGAUGUGUGUCGAGCUUUCACCUCAGGGGCGCAGGCACUUUCCUCCUCCCUCUCCACAGAACCCAAAGCAGACGACAAAGAGAAAGAAAACAGCCUAAGCUCCCAGCUGGAGGACGACUUGUCCGAGGACGACGAAGCUAACGAUCCCAGGAAAGACAAGUUGGGACGCAGCAGAUCAAGCAACCACGAGGACGACGACCUGAACCCGGAGCAGAAAGCCGAGCGGGAGAAGGACCGGAGGAUGGCGAACAACGCCCGCGAGCGCCUGCGGGUCCGAGACAUCAACGAGGCCUUCAAGGAGCUAGGGCGGAUGUGCCAGUUGCACAUGAAGAACGACAAGCCACAGACGAAGCUCCUGAUCCUCCACCAGGCUGUCUCCGUCAUCCUGGGGCUGGAACAACAAGUCAGAGAGAGGAAUUUGAACCCGAAAGCAGCUUGCCUUAAGCGGAGGGAGGAGGAGAAGAUUUCCAGUGUCGAACCCACAUCCGCACAUCUGGUAGUUCAUCAGGGAAUUGGGGACUCUCCCAACCCCAUGGGUCACAUGUGAAGACCGGCGAUCGUGGGUGGUCUUCAUGAACUUAGUGGAGGGUUUGGAGCCUCCUCCACUUUGGCUGGAUUUUUGCAUAAGAUUCUGUUGGACCCGGACACCAAUCUUCCGAGUUGAGGAAAAAAAAAAUCCCAGAUUCAGUUUUGUGGACGUUUUGGUGGGAAUCCACGGCGGAUCUCCAGGGAUUAACGUUCCUUUUUUUUGUUCCUCCUACGUCCUUGGCAAACUGCCCUUGUUACCCCCCCCACUCCCCACCCCCC